CUAAUUAAAUGCUCAGCAUGCGAGUGACACGCACAUAUGACAAGUUUUAGUUCCAAAGUCGUGAUUUCGCAGGCACGAUUGUCCACCGCGACCUGGUCAAGAACGGUUUAUUUCCCGAGAACAAUAUGCUUGUCAAUCGAGCGGAAUUCACGAGUUUGCGUCUAUAAGAGUGCGUGUGCAAGUGCGGUGGCGAUUUAUUCGGCCAACACCCUUCGACCCACCGACAAUGCUGAGCGACACCUGCUUGGUACUUUGUGUCUUGUGCCUGCUUGCUCAGGGCCUGGCAGACAAGAGCAGCUACCCAGAUAAGUGCGCCGGAAGCUGCAAACACAAGAUCAACUCGCAGCAUCGAAACUCUGCACUAGAAGAAAUUUCCAAAGAUAUCCUGAGGUCCGUGGGUGAGGAUUUGAUCGCUAGAGGUAUCCGCACAAUCGACCCAAUCCUAGGCCUGAUCUUGGCCCUGCAGCUGAAGGUGCUUCUUUCGAUGCCACUGUUCGUGCUGGCCGCCGGGCUGAUCGGGCUCAAGUCGCUGGCCGCCAGCCUCGUGUCCGUCUUCUUCUCGGGGGCGUCACUGCUGCGCACGCUGAUGCCGGCCACCAACGGCAACGGCAGCAACGGCCGCCCCGCAGGUGCCUCCAGUCGCGUCGCCUACGAGGUCAGGUCGCCCCCGCAGAACGAGCUGGGGCCCUACGUGUACCCACCUAGUGCACUGGGGGUAAUCACCCCCGCAGCCGCCAGACAACCGGAUGUCCGCAUUAUCAGCGCCGCGGCCAACAACUAAAACUGAACCAUUCUUUGCACUUUCUUCUUGCUAUUAAGUCUGAGUCAUGCCAAUUGCUGUGCCGUAUUUACAUCUUGAUUUUCAAGUGAACAUUAAAUGGAAUAUCACAAGAAGUGACCAAAAUAAAUAAUAAAAAUAUGCUGUUUAUCACUC